AUGGCGACGGCAGGAGUGAAGUUCGAUGAUGGAUCAGGGGGGUUUGCCGCUAAUUGUUUUCCAGUCCGAACUCUUUUUCGACAAAGUGAUGAAGCGGCUGGAGCCUGGUUGGUGGCUCACAGAGCAGAACAGAGGCGCAGGUUUAAGGCCAUUCUGUGCACAAGGCCCAAAACUUUCUCCCAAAUUCGUGAAGAAAGAAAGAAGACAGAAAGAGAAAACAGGAGAGUCACAAACAGAAAUGGAAAACACCCUGAAGAUGAGCAGACAGAUGAUUUCGUCCUGGAUGGAUUCUUUCUGCUGCGCCACUGUUGUGUGGAUGACCCCUCUGACCUGUGCUCCAUCAACAUUGCUGGUCAGGAAAUGUCAGAUGUCAAGGAAGAGGACUUGGAAAUGUUUGACAAUGUGGCCUAUGUCAAUGCCGCAGAGAAUUAUCUCCCCUUAGAGGCAUUUAAUCACUUUCCGAUAAUCAGAGAGCUGGAGGUGCCUCUGAACGGAUUGAGAGGCCUAAAGCUUGAACCUGGUCACUUCCCAUACUUAGAAAUGCUGGAUUUGUCGUAUAACAACUUAUCACAGGAAGACAUUUUAUCUGUUGGAAUUUUGCAACAUCUUAGAGUUCUCCAGCUCUCAGGGAAUAACUUCAAGUCUCUACCCAUAGAUAUGACAUUACCUUACAGAGAUGAGAAGGGGAGGCGUGCUCGCUACCCCAAACUGGAAGUCCUCAUGCUGGAUGAUAACAAACUCUCUGAUGUCAGUGUAUUUGCCUGCCUGGCUGGACUAAGAUGCUUACGACAGCUAAACUUAGAAAAGAACGAGUUAUAUUUUGUCCCUCAGCUCAUGGUGUUGGACGGACGUGUUAAAACAAGUGACGAAGAUCUUGGCUCGAAACAACGCAAAAAAUCUGGGCGUACUGGUCGGCCAUCAAGUCAGCCUUAUCACAUGGACAGAAUAAAGGAGCUGUUAGAGCAGCGCUUAGAGAACACCCCUCGGGGUCCCACGGAGGACAAUGGGGCGAGUUGUGGAUUGGACACUGGGGAGGGCAAUGGGAUAGGCACUGAGGAGGACGCUGGUGGGGACCCAGUGGAUUCCAGCCCACUAACAACACAGGAAAAUUCACCGCCAAUGAAAACAGAGGACUCUGGAGAAAUAAUCUAUGAUGAGUUUGACACGUCUGAUCUAUCGGCACGGAUCAAUGACCUUGACCUCGAUCAAGAGAUCAGGGAGUCCAAAGAGGAUAUUGCCAAAGCUGCUUCCUCUGUCAGGUUGUACGAAAAACCACUGGGCCCACCGCCUCCGCCUUUCUCGGAACUCCGCUACCUUAAUCUGGGAUAUAACCUGUUCGCUCAUGAGGAGGCUCUCUUGGCUGUGGCUGCCUGGCCGAUGUUAUCCGAGCUCAUCAUUCACAACAACCCGCUCACCGAUGAGCACCCGGGAGACCCUCCUCUGUUGAAGCGAUUCCUGGAAGAUAGACUGGGAAUUAAGCUUGUCAGAAAAAAGCCAGUUCCACCUGGGAAGAAGCAUAUUGAAGUAUCAGUGAAAAAGUCAAGAAAGGUGAAGUCUACUAUACCAAAGAUCCCACGUGUCAGUGUUGAGGAGAGAUUGAUGCUAGAAGCUCCUCCCCCUGAGAGGCAGACCCAGUCAUCGCCUGACAACCACAAGCCACUCCCACCCAUCCACCCUACACCAGAGCCCAGACCUUUAACAGCCGAUGGAUUAGAGGUCAAAGGUCAAACAGGGUCAGAGGACGUCCAGGAUGAGUCAACUGAUAAUCCAUUCUUUAUGACUCAGGUGGAUGACCAAGUGGAUGAUGGGAAGGCUGUGGCCAAAACACAGAAAGCACAAGAAAAGCAGCUGGCCAAACUUCUGCAGGAUGAGAGAUAUAAAGGUUAUGAGGAGCUCUUGGACUUGGAUGAAGACGUAGACUUUGAAAUGCCGAAAGACAUUCCCGGUAAUGUACGUGCCCUGAAGUAUGCCCUUGGUCACCAGCUUGUCUACAGGGAUGCCGUACCCCAGCUAGACGUCAUCAAGAAACGCGUGAAGGCCUACAACAGGACCGGCGUUCAGUACAACCCUGGCAAGUCCAAACAGGAGAAGAUAGAGGAGGCAUUGACCAAUCUGAAAACAAGACAGGCUGUUGAAGAGGCUAACCUUGCCUCAGUCCUCAAAAGCAAGAAAAAGAUGAAGAAAAAAUUCCCCGAGGCAGAAGUCCUGUUGGACGAGAUACAGAGACGCUACAACAUGGUUCGAUUUGCUUCAAUGCAGGAAGCUCAGAACUCGCGAAGUGUAGUGAAAGAGACGCUUGUCGAGGCUCAGGCUAAACUGGCAGAACUAGCUCAGAGUGCCAAAGGUACUGAAACAGAUGGGCUUAAUUAGAUAUCCAGGCCUAUAAUAAUUUUGAAACAUACUGAAGCAAAGUUAAAAUGUUUUAUGCAAGACCUGGAAACUGUGAUAUUGGUUGGGAAAAUAAACCUCAUGGAUAGAAAUUUAAUUCUGUUCUUUUAAAUUUUCAAAAGUAAUAUUAAAUUUAAAAUGUUAUUCCAAGACUCUGAAACUGUGAUACUGAUGACAGAAAUAUAUAUAUUUUCAGAAAAUACAUCCUGAAAUUUUGAAGUGUCUUACCAGCUUUUAAUCCAUUCUUUGAUGAAAAUUUCUUGGCGUAAGACAACUGGAGAGACUUUUGUUUCUAGAGUUUGUAUGUGAUACACAGAAUUUGAGAGAUUUUAUGUCUGGUAAAGGCCAGUCAGAAAGUAAUUGUUUUAUGAUAAACUUCAGUUUUACGGUACUUUUUUUGCUGAUUGGAAUAAAAGCAGUGCUUUGUAAGUUUAAUUGAUACAUCAUGCUGCCGUUGUAUGUGCCACACUCUGAACACAUUAGAAAAAGAAAUCAUCAUACAUUCUGGAGUAUGAUCUGAAGUAUUUUUCUCCAGAUGUGAUGUAAACUUACAUGUGUGUCUAGAUAGGCUACUCCGUUUUCUGUUUUGCUAAAUAUUGUUAGAAAAAUGUGUGUAUUUAUUUGUGCAGAUGAGCGUUACAGUUUUGUUACCCAAUGGUUCUGGCUCCUAAUGACUUAGUAUUUAUGAUUUAUGGACGUAUUAUAUUGCAUUUUGAACAAAUUUAUUACAGUAACUGAUUUCCAGCAGUGUUUGAUUGUGGUUUAUGUGAAGCAAACUGAAUGAUCUUGGAAAUGUAUUUAUUUAUUGUUUAUAUUAUUGACUGUUAUAUUUUAACGUAAUAUUUAGGGAUUUAUAUUUUUUAUUGUCAGUACAA